AUGGCAGGAAAAGGCGAAGAUUUCCUUCGUGAUCUAUCCUUUUCGGGGAUUCCUUCGGAGUACCGCCAGUUUCGGCGGAAGAUCCUCCUCAGCGUUGCCAGCCUGGAACCUAAGCAGAUCCGUUUGGCAGGACCGAAGAUCCUGACACGGCUGUCGGGUGAAGCCUGGCGAGCUACGGAGCACCUGAGUGUGGGUGAACUUCGUUCAGAGAAUGGAUGGAGUAAGGUGCUUGCGGCGCUCGACUCUCACUACCGCUUCCUCCCGGAGACGGAGCUGAACGAGAGUGUCGACGAGUUCCUCUUCGGCCUGAAGCGGAGGCCGAAUGAAGGGCCAACGGCCUUCAUCUCAAGGUUUAAGACGGCCUUGAGCAGACUGGAGACCCUGAUCGCGGCGGACAAGGCCGCACAGAGGAGCGACCCGAAGCGGCGUCGCCGCAAGACUGCCCCCACCAAGCCGGUGGAGACGUCGGGGAGCUCGGAGUCGGACAUCUCCAGCAUGGACCGCGGCGGCAUGACCGAGGAGAAUGUCAGGCAGGCCGCUGCCUCCGCGGCAGCCGCUGACCGGGAGACGGCCGCCGAUGAACGACCGGCUGCCAAGACAGUUGGAAGCUUCGUGGGGGACAAGUCCCCGACCAAGAAGGGCGGACCACCGUCCGCAGGGAGCCGCGGUACGCAGAAGGCGGAUGAGGACCGGGCUCAGCGGAAGAUGAUGGAGGACCUGGAGCUCUUGGAGGUCGGGCACCUCAAGCUGAAGCCGGUCUUCCCGGCGGUGGUCCUGGGGCACCUCUUCGCGGAAGUAUGGGCUGACGUGGAGCGCAUUAUCUGGGCCAGCGACUUUGAGGACCGCCGGCAAGAAACCAACCGGGAUGGACGGAGGCCGGCGGGGAAGCCCGGCCGUGAAGGAGUGUUCGCGGCUACUACGGAAAGCCCUUCGAUGUCCGAACCUUCCGUGCAAUCCUCGGGCGAGGAAGCCAUGGAGGCCGACCUGGAGACUGAAGAUGAAGAGGUUCAGGAAGAGCUGCUGGCGGCCUACGAGGCGCAGAAGAAGGCCAAGGACGGGGUGAAGAAGCACUUCAAGAACUACCGCGACCAACGGCGAAAGGUGCGGGAGAUCCGCAAAACCCGCCAGCCGUACAUGCCAGUGGUGGCGCUGGCCCCAGAAGGCCAGGCCUCUUCCUCCACCGCGGUGGCCGGUGCUGCGCAACUGCAGCCCACCUUCCGGUAUGACCGCAAGGGCAAGCAAGAUGGAAAGAAGCGAGAUAACCAUCGGACUAAGAGAGAGGAUGUGCACUUGCUCCAGAGCCAGGUCCUGACCGAGUUUGCCUACAUGUUGGACCUGGAGAAUGCCGCCUCGGACAGUGAAGUCGAGGUCCUCCUGGCAUCAAUUCCGGAAGGCCACGCCAUUCUGGAUACAGGGUGUACUUCUUCGGUUGUCGGCGAACGCACCGCCGACCGCCUCACCAAGUUCCUUGUCUCUCGUGGUGUUCAAGGGCCCGAGUCAUUGGACCUACCUCCGGUGCAACUUCGAGCACCACUUCGAGCAAAGGCUUGCGAUGGACUAUUUGUCUAG